GUCGCUGACAAGGUGAAUAAUAAUAUUUGAGGCUGACACAUGGCGGCAGCUCUAGGUAAACUCGUGCCGAGCGCAGUGAUGAGGCGAAGCAUGGUGCAUCAUCGCACAGCGUCGUCGUUCAUGACAGUGCUCAAGCACGGCUCACGCACGACGGAUUCUCCACUGCGUGCCCUCGUCGCAAGGAACCUCCUUCGUCCGACAUGCCACGGGCCGACAAGUUCCGUGACAGGUCGAGGGCUCUCGACCUUCUCGACUGGAGACGGGGGUCCUGGAUUGUUACCGUGUCCUCAGUGUGGAAAUGGACUAAAGCUGUCUGUCGCCGUGGCCGCACCAAACAUCAUGGCCAAGGCCAAUGUCAUCCAGCAAUCAUCAUCGGACGCGUUUGCCAUUCCGUCCAAUUUGACCGAGGGGGACGUGAUUUCCUGCGAAGAAUGCAAGGGCCGCUUCGUCGUCAAGUCUACUGGCGGCUUUCCUUCGCUCGGCGACCGCCCGUCCUCCCAGGCGUCGACCCCGCGACUCACCACCGAAAGCGAGUACAACCGAAUCGUGCACCAAGGAGGAUCUUCACCCGCGGCUGUCGCAACGCCCGAAGCUCAAGACUGCGUGCUCACCCCCCGGCAAAUCUUCGACGGGCUCAACUCGUACGUGAUUGGCCAGGACGCCGUCAAGAAAGCGCUCAGCGUCGGCGUCCACAACCACUACAAGAGGCUGCACAUGCAUGCUGUCAAGAAGAAGACAAGGAGCGACGCCAACAGUCAAUCGGUCGUCCAUUCGCUCGGCCACGGCGUGCAUGUGGAAGCCCUCGUCCCUUCCGCCGACGCGGCGCCAGACGUCGAGGACGACGUGGAGCUGGACAAGACCAACAUGAUGAUCGUGGGACCAACGGGCUCUGGGAAGACGCUCAUGGCCAAGACGUUGGCGCGCAUGGCGCAAGUGCCGCUGGUGAUUGCGGACGCUACGUGCCUCACGCAAGCGGGGUAUGUGGGCGAAGACGUCGAGUCUAUUCUGUUCAAGCUGUACCAGGCCGCCAACUAUGACGUGGAAGCUGCCCAGCGAGGCAUCAUCUACAUUGACGAAAUCGAUAAAAUUUCACGCAAAAGCGAAAACGUGAGCAUCACGCGCGACGUGUCGGGCGAAGGCGUGCAGCAAGCGCUGCUCAAGAUGCUCGAAGGAUGCGUCGUGAACGUCCCCGAGAAGGGCGGGCGCAAGAAUCCACGUGGGGAGUUCAUUGCAAUCGACACGACCAACAUUCUGUUCAUCUGCGGCGGCGCGUUUGCCGGCCUGGAGAAGAUCGUGUCGAGUCGCACGGCGGCCAGCGCGUCGAUUGGGUUUGGUGCGCGCCUGCCCACCACCAAACCGGACGGACUCGAAAGUGUCGGGCAGCUGCUGAUGCUGUCCGAGCCCCAGGACCUCGUCUCGUACGGCUUGAUCCCCGAGUUUGUCGGCCGUUUCCCAGUGGUUGUGAGCACGCUGGGUCUGACCCAAGAUGAGCUCGUGCGGGUGCUCACAGAGCCCAAGAACUCGCUCAUCAAGCAGUACCAGGCGCUGUUCGCCCUCCAAAACGUCGACUUCCACGUGUCCCCUUGUGGAUUGGACGCCGUGGCCGACUUGGCCGUGCAGCGCAACACGGGCGCCCGCGGGUUACGCGCCAUCUUUGAGCGCGCAUUGGUGGAAACCAUGUUUCAUAUCCCAGAUAUGCCGCAUGUCAAGGCCGUGUACGUUGACGGCGACGUGAUCGCUGGCCGCAAACACCCUGUGCUGCUUCGACACGACGUGGCCAAGUAUGUGAACGACAAGAACAAAGCGUUCGAAGUGGACCACCCCGCCGAUGCCGACGCUACGGCCGCGGCGGCGUAAGAUGAUACUCAUCAUAUUGAAACAUAAAGAGAUGCGCAGGGGUUUAUUACACGAACGAGUGGAUGUGGGUUCACGAGGUCCCGCAGUGUAGUUUACGUCGUAGCACUCUGUAUUGAUUGUACUAUAAACGUUAAUAUAAUGGAAUACUAGUACGGGUU